UAAUAGUUAUUGGACAAAUCAAUGUGAAAUGACACAAAUUAUGUUAAAUGAAAUAUUCAAAAUAGUGCACAAUUUAUGUUGUCACCUUAAAUCCACCAGUUUUUUUGCUUUUAAAGUAUUUUACAGUUUGUUGUGUAAAAUUCAUACAAUUUUUUCCAAACGGUACAGGGGUUUCCACAGAGUCUUUUAAAAUUAUGCUAAACAUUGUAAUGUCAAACUGGGAAAACCCUUUGGGAGGAGUUCGUCAGCAGAAUUCCUUGAUUCUUUGUCAACUGCUGUUGUUUGAUGAUAAGAUAUGGAACUCAGCGCUACCCGAAUCAGCUGGCUGUGACCAGGAAAAAGCCAAAUUUAGGCACCAACGCCUUCUUGAGCUGAUCUUCACUAAUUUGUCUUGGACAAUGAAGACUAAAUACUUCAUACUAGCUGUUGUUCUGCCAAAGACUGAUAUUUUAGAGGUUCUGAAGGAUCACAAAGAGGACAUAAUACCAGGACUAAUGCUGAGUCUCUCUGUACCACAUCUGGUACCAGCUGGCACUGACUUAUACCGUGCCAUACUGGGUGAGCUUUCACACACAGAGUGGUGUCACUAUUUCCUGGCUCCCCUCUCCCACAUUUUGAUCAACCCAGGUGUCAGUUUGGAGAAUGAAAAUCUUUUCAAUUACUGGAUGCUACCAACAAUCAAGAAAGUCCCUUCGGCAUUAGAUGACCUUCUUGAAGUGACAUCAAUUAAUAUAUAUUCGUUCAUCUCCCUCCUCAGAAUAAAAAGAAAAGAGGGAUUUCCUGGCUCUUCUUGGGAAGAAAUGAAUAAAUGUAAAAUUAAAUUUGCCCUUGAAGACUACUCAGAUAAAAUUCGUUCUCAAGCAUUUUCGCUUAUUUGUACUUCUUCAAAAGCAUCUAUAUCGCCAAAUGUAGAGGAAUAUAAUUUAGUUCAACAAUAUUUUAGGCAAAAUAUUAACUCGGAUAGUACAGUUUUGAGGCAAAGCCUGCUGAACUCAUUUACAACUUUUAUAAUCCGCUUAAGAGAUAUGCUAUUACAUUUCUUAAAGAAUAAAAAUACUGAAUCACCCUCAAAAACUCUAUGUUUUGAAUUCCUGGACUGGUUACAUUCAUUUUUGCUUUUCAAUUUGGACACCAAAUGCAAUUAUCAGCGCAAAUACACAUCUCUUGAACUGUACAUGAUUGUUCUUAUGUACUUUGGAGAGCCAGUGAGAAGAAAAGAGCAAUCUUAUUCUAGGAAAAGCAAUAAAAGCAGUUUAAGUCUAAGAUCAGAAGACAAUGCUUUUUCGUGGAGUUAUAAAUUCGAAUCAUUAUCAAGUCAAAAGGUACUUCUAGACUGUCUCUUUGAUGGAGACAAUGAUGUUCGUUUGAGUGCUGGCACUAUUCUAACAACACACUUUAAAAUAUCACAGUCAUUCGCGGAAGAAUUUGAACAUUUGUUCAACAAGGGAUUGUCCUUAUGUUCAAGCUCAAUAUUUUAUAAUGCUGAGAGUGGGGCUAGAAUUGUUCAAGUUCUUGUAAUAUUGGCUUCUAAUUGUUCUUCGGAAACGAUUAAACAAAUUGUUUACAAUGGAAAUGCUCUCUUCUUCAGUGCUCUUUUGUCUUCUGCAGAAGAACAGUUUACACUACUUAAAGAAGACUUGUUGAAGGCAGCUUCUCAAGGAUCUUUCCUCUAUGGCACUUUACAGACUCUGACACUUCUCCUCACGGAUCCUGAAAGCCCUGAGUUCAUGUUGUUGGAUGCAAAUCAACUAGAAAGACUGUUACACCUUAUGGAAGAAAAUACACAGUUCUUCUUGGGUGUGUUGUCUUCAAAAUCAGAUCCAAAAUCUGAAUAUGCUCCCUCUUUUGGAGAGAUGGGAAUGGCCAUUGCAGCAGUAGUGGAGAGUUCCUCUCUGAAGGACAAAGAGGUGUCAGUGGAGAUGGGAGAUGACACAUCAGCUGAUCUCCAACUGACUCCUGCCCAACAGCUUGUACUCAGCUGUAUCUGGCUCAAUCUUAAGGAGAGCAGUGUGCUGUGCAGUAAACUGGUGAGCAAGCCACUUUCUGUUAGAGACACAGAACGAUGUGUCACAGUGGUGGUGUCUGUGUUACGUCGAUGUCGACACAAAGGUGCCAUAGAGUCUGCAGGAUUGGCUCUCUACCACAUUACCAAAUACAUCACUUCCAGCCCAAUCACAGAAUUGCAGGCCUUACCUUCUCAGCUCAUGGAGUGGUGCCUGACAUCAUUAGUUGGCAACACUGCAACCACAGUGUCCCGUCGGUCAGCUGGCCUAGCUAUACUGGUGCACAGGCUUAUCACAGGGGACUCUAGGCAUACUAAGCCUCUGCUGCACAACUGUGUGGCGAGAUUGUUGGAGAUAGCCACAGACAGCCAUGUGAUCGAGGGUGAGCUUCUGGUCGACCUUCCGCAGAGUCAGGCCUUACACUUCCUGCGGACCUUGGUACAGGAGGCCAGUCUGCGGGAACACAUGGCUCAGUACAUGCUGAAGGUGUCACUGGUGGCGCUCUCCAACCUUUCAUCUCAUAUCUGGACCAUCAGGAAUGCUGCAUUACAGUUGAUUGGGGCAAUAGUUCCCAAGUUAGUUGGUCAGAAGCCACAUCAAGAAGAAGGCAGAGGAAACCACCACCUGGCAUUUGAAGAACUCUAUUUUCAUGCUAAGCCUUUAGUAAAAGUUAUGCUGAAUGAGUUUUUUGAGGCAGGACAGUCAAAUUCUAUGAAUGUACAUUCAAAGUUGAUGCCCCUCUUGACUCUUGUUACAAACUUGGUAGCAGGUGUGCAAUCUAUUAUUGCGGAGGAUGUUUUAGAAAUAGUGCAGAUGUUUAGAAAAUUUUUUAUCCUUUUGUUUAAAAGUAAUAUUUUUAAUGUAAGAAAAUUAAGUGCCAAAGCACACUCUAUGUUCCUAACAUCAUCAGAACUUGUUCCUAUAAUUAAUGAAAGAGUCCAGCAAAUUUUGGCUUUCCUGAAUGAUGAAGUAAGUUGUAAUUGGUCAGAAAAUGAGUUGCACGGUUAUUUGUUAAAUUUAACAUAUCUUGUUCAAAGAUUCAAUGAUGAAAAAUCUGGAAUAUGCUUACUUGAGAUGCAAGGAGAAAGAGUUAAAUCGUUAUUAGAUACUUUGUAUAAAAGUGUUCUUAGAGGCCAACACUCUUACUUUGUUAAAUCUUUGGUGUUUGAACUAAAUUAUUCAGCGAAUGUAGUUAAUUGUUUAAACAUAAGUGAUAACAGUACAUCUAACAUAUCUUUGGGGUUACCACAUUUUAUUAGCAAGCAUAUAUCAAACCAAGUGCAAGUCAUGCACAAUGGUUGUGAUGUCAUUAAGCAAAUAAAACAGUGGUUGCUCAAAUGCCAAAAUUACGAUAUUCAUUUGUCAAGUUUAAAAGUUAUUCAAGUGCUCGUAACCUGUAAAUCUAGACAAAAAGAUUUGAUAAUCACUGAUAGAAUGGCACAGUUAGUUAUUAUUCUAAAAGAUUUUAUAAUGCAGAAAAGAUUGAACACAGAACUUUUAGUGCUUUCUUUGGAUAUAAUGUUGAACUGUUUGGAUCUUCUUCAUGAAAACCAUUCAGGCCCAAAUCUUUUUUGUCCAGAGUUUAACCUGUACUGUCAUGAUAUUUUGGAUUCGAACAUGACCCCAGUUCCAGUUCUUCAGUUACUGUUACCAAUUGCUUGUGGAAUACUCUCUUUUGAAAAAACUGUUGACAUGGAACUGGUUGAAAAAGUAGCAGCAUUGAUAAAUAAAAUAUCAGAUCCUCGUUUUGAUUAUGAUCAAGAUAGAAGAGUUUAUGCAGCUAAAUCUAUGCUGUUCCUCACAAAAAUUCUCAAAUCUGAACAACCAAUAGAGAAUCAAUGUGCAUCACUUAUUUGGAAAGCAUGUGUGCACUUUUUGCAAGAUGAAGUUACUGAUGUACGAUAUGAAGCAAGUAGGUUUGUGACUUACUUUAAGUCUAAUCAGAGAGAUCAAGUUUGGAAUCCAUAUGUUUCGUUAGAGAUGGUUUUUAGUUCUUCUUUCAUGACUGCACUGAUGCCACAUAAACAAGCUCUAGCUUGUCUCUUAGAUCAAAUGCAUUAUGAUAGUAACUCUAAACAUUUUGUCAAUGGUAUUACAAACCCAUUUGAUCAUGGUGUAAAUAGUAUUUAUGAAGAAAAAGUUGUAGUUGCACACUUAGCGAGUUGUAGUAUAAUUGAAAUAGAAAAAAAUCCUGUGAUAACUUAGGCAGAUUGGAAAUAAAAGAAAGUUGUGCUUCUUUGAAUGUUGACUGUACAUAUAUACCUAUGUUUGUUCAGGAAAUAUAAAACGCUUUGUUUUUGUUGAAAAACGUUUGUAAUAGCAGUAGUAAUCUAAUGCCAAGUUAAGUACCUAGUGAAAAUGAAUGCAUGGGAAAUUCAGAAAGAAAUAAAACUAAAAUAAAACUUUUCUUUAAGAGAUUGUAGUUAUGUGUUAUGUUAGUCAUCCACUGAGGAAGAUAUCAGAUUGCAGAUCUCGAAACAUUGUGAUUUUUUUGUAUUACUGAACGUUGGCAAAUGUCAGGAAAAUCCUGUUCCUCCAUCACACAACUGAUAAAAAUGCCUAUACCACUUUACAAAAUCAAGACGUUUAAAAAAAACAAUGAAAUAGGAUUAAGAAAAAUGGAAAUUUUGAGAAUGGAAUGAUGUAAAAUUGGUUUCUACAAUUUCACAGCCGAGUGCUCCUUGGGGGCUUUCCCUCAUCACUUGUGCACAAAGGGUGAAGAACCGGCUAUACUGGUGGCCAUCUUGAUUUUAUCACCAUUGUUCCUUUCUUUAUUGAUUAUCCAGAAAAAAUCCUAACACUUCGGCAAUUUUUUACAUUUCAAAAACUAAUGGCUCUUGAGUAACUAGCAUGUACACAACAAAUGUUCUUAAAUGAAAAAGACAACAUUAUUUAUGUAAAGAAUUCAAAUACAAUGUAUAAAAAACAAGUACCGGUAAUAUUGCGGUAAUAUUGCAAGAUUCGUGUAUGUCAUGUUAUAUACCUAUUUUUGAUCAGAGAAAUUAUAUUACUAUUGUAUCUCUGGAUGAGGAUAUUUUGUUAUUAUUUGAUUUAUUUUUAUGUAACCAUGGUAAGAAUUUAUGAACACAACAUAUACCAAAAACCUGUUCAAUAUACUUUUUAAUUUUUGAAUAAGAGAUUCCAAAAUAUGUAUUGAUGGAAAACCUCUGCAAAACAAAAAUUUGAAUAAGCAAGAGAACCCUAAUAUCAAAUUAACAAAAAUCCCCAAAUAAUUUCUACUUAACACAAAAUUGCUAGAACAAGUAAACCCUUCUUUCUGAAUUUCCCUUCUUUAUAUUUAAUAAAUAGUGUGUAAUAUGUUACAUGAAAAAUGUGUUAUUUAUUUAGUGAAACUUGCUUUUGUAUUAUACUAUGUUACUAAUCUGUAUGAAUUUGUAAAUACCACAAUUAAUUAGUGUAAUAAAAUUAUAGUUUUCUAA